CUUCAGCGUGGUGCGCCGCUGUGUCCACAAGACGACUGGCCAGCAGUUCGCGGUCAAAGUCGUCGACGUUGCCAAGUUUACCUCUUGUCCUGGACUCGGCACAGAAGACCUAAAGCGAGAAGCCACAAUCUGCCACAUGCUCAAACAUCCGCACAUUGUUGAACUUUUAGAAACAUACAGCUCGGAGGGAAUGCUCUACAUGGUGUUUGAGUACAUGGAAGGGGCGGACCUGUGCUUUGAAAUUGUGAAAAGAGCCACUGCUGGGUUUGUGUACAGCGAAGCGGUGGCCAGCCACUACAUGCGACAAAUCCUGGAGGCACUACGGUACUGCCACGAGAACGACAUAAUCCACCGAGACAUCAAGCCCCACUGUGUUCUGCUCGCCACCAAAGAGAAUUCGGCGCCUGUGAAACUGGGCGGAUUCGGGGCCGCCAUUCAGCUAGAGUACGACUACAUCUGCUCCGCAGAGAAAGAGAUAUCUAUGUACGGGGAAAACCUAAGCCUUGCAUGCCGGCUAUACUACAAAUGUGACUUGCUAGGUCGCAUCGGCACUCCGCACUUCAUGGCCCCCGAGGUGGUGGAGCGCAAGCCGUACGGCAAGCCCGCCGACGUGUGGAGCUGCGGCGUCCUGCUCUACGUGCUGCUCACGGGCACGUUGCCUUUCCUCGGCACCAAGGAGCGCCUGCAGGAGGCCAUCUGCCAAGGAAAGCUGAACCUGAGCGGUCGUCAGUGGGACCAAAUCAGCGAGUACGGCAAGGACGUCAUGCAGCGAAUGCUGUGCAUCGACCCCCGGGAACGGUACACCGUCCAGGAACUGCUCAACCACCCUUGGCUCAGGGAUCGGGAUCACUGUGCACCAAGGGUACACCUCCAGGAAACGGUGGACGAACUACGAAAAUUCAACGCCAGGAGAAAGCUCAAGGGUGCUGUGCUAGCAGCUGUGUCAUCCCCAAAAUGGACUAGUUUCUACAGUGACCCAGCGUUAGACGCAAGUUUAGACCAAGGCAUUGAGGAAGAAGUGACUGCCAUAGGAGCGGUGUCCACGGUACUGGAUAGCCUCGACGACAUCCACUGCUUGACAGACUGCUCCGAAAGGGACCGAGACUUCCUUCUCAGCGUCCUCGAGGACUCCCAGCUACACGCUCUACUAGACUUGUACGACCGCAUCAACACGAGCUCGUGCAGCCCCAUCAAGUGCCCCCCGUCGGACGCCUGCGGCCGGGCGAGAGACGUUCUGGAGUGGAUCCAGGACUGCCCGAUGGGGACCACGCCGGACAUGGAAGAGCUCCAGGCCAUACUGUGCAAGCCGCACGUGCGGGCACUGCUUCAGGCACACGAUGUGGUUGCGCACGAGGUGUACAGUGAGGAGGCAAUUCGGGUGACACCACCACCGCUGACACCCUUUCUCAACGGCAACCAGGAGGCAGGUGGCAGUGAGGCCGGCGACAUGGAACAGGUCACCCGCGUGCGCCUCGUCCAGUUCCAGAAGAACACUGAUGAGCCAAUGGGCAUCACCCUGAAGCUGGACGAGGACGGACGGUGUAUUGUGGCUCGCAUCAUGCAUGGUGGCAUGAUUCACAGGCAAGCCACUCUACAUGUCGGGGACGAAAUACGUGAAAUCAACGGCAUCAGCGUUGCCAACCAAACUGUGGAGAGUUUGCAGAGAAUGCUCAGGGAUGCACGGGGCAGCGUCACUUUCAAGAUUGUGCCCAGCUACCGCAGUGCCCCGCCACCGUGUGAGUAUUUCAGGAUUAACCCCCCGCCUGUUCUAAUAUACGUUCGUGCCCUGUUCGACUACAACCCUUUGGAUGAUGACCUCAUUCCGUGUGCACAAGCCGGCAUUGCAUUCCAGACAGGAGACAUUCUACAGGUGAUCAGCAAGGACGACCACAACUGGUGGCAGGCCAAGAAAGAGACGGCCGACGGUACGGCCGGGCUCAUUCCGUCGCCCGAACUCCAGGAGUGGCGGAUGGCUUGCAUCGCCAUGGAACACGCCAAGAACGACCAAGGGGUGAACUGCUCCAUCUUCGGCCGCAAGAAGAAGCACCUGAAGGACAAGUACCUGGCCAAGCACAACGCAGCGUUCGAUCAGCUGGAUGUUGUCACCUAUGAGGAAGUUGUCCGGCUCCCAUCCUUCCAUCGGAAAACACUCGUCCUACUGGGAGCCCAUGGUGUAGGCCGGAGACACAUCAAAAACACCCUCAUCGCAAGCUACCCAAACAAAUAUGCAUAUCCCAUUCCACACACGACGCGUCCUCCGCGCAAGGGUGAAGAGAACGGGCGCAGCUACUUCUUUGUGUCGCAUGAGGAGAUGGUGUCGGACAUUGAGUCGCACGAGUACCUGGAGUACGGCACCCACGAGGAUGCCAUGUACGGCACCAAGCUGGACACCAUCCGCAAGAUCCAUGCCCAGGGGAAAGUUGCCAUCCUCGACGUCGAGCCACAGGCUUUGAAGAUCCUUCGCUCUGGGGAAUACGCACCAUAUGUUGUCUUCAUAGCAGCGCCUUCUUUAACAUCUAUGCAUGACGUUGACGGGAGCCUCGAGCGGCUAGCCAAGGAGAGCGACCUCUUGCGCCAGGCGUACGGCCACUUCUUUGACCUGACGGUGGUGAACAACGAUAUCGAGGAGACCAUCCACACACUGGAGACCACGCUGGAGGCCCUGGACAACAGCCCUCAGUGGGUGCCGGUCUCGUGGGUGUACUGACGAGCCGACAUGGGGGGUGCCGACACCCCUCGUUGACUAUUGCGCUUCCGGUGACUGCCGCAGCCGUGGCCACUCGGGGAUGGCCAAUCCAAUCAGCCAGCCAUUUGUCAAUGUGCCACACACACACUGUCCUGCGUCGUGAAGACAACAGCAACAGUGGUGCCGUCUGUGCCAUCGUGCUCCUGAAAGAGCAGAACGCUGCAACCGAGUCGCAGAAAUGCGAUGCUUCUUGACACAUUUUUGUGCCUGCCUUUAGAAAUGCCGGCUUGAAAAUUCUAUUCUUUUCCGGAGAAAACUUAGAAGGUCUAACAGUACCGUCUUAUAGCGGCAUCACCUUAAAGCGAUGCUACCGAGAAAAGGGCCAAAGGGCCGCUGUGGUUGAUCAGUGGUUACGGUGCUCGGCUGCUGACCCAAAAGACUCAACUCUGGCCGCGGCAAUCGCAUUUUGGUGGAGGUUACGUGCUAGAGGUCUGUGUGCCAUGUAACUGCACGUUAAAGUACUCCAGGUAGUCAAAAUUAUCCAACGCCCUCCACUACGGUGUCUCCAUAGCCUGAGUCGCUUCAAGACAUUAUACCUUAUAAAGCAUAAAUCAAUGUAAUGAAAAAAACUAUUUCUCUUUUAUUAGCAAAUAGUCCUUCUAUGAUACCAAGAGGCACUAUUCUUGCUGUUAGAUGGUGCUUGGCAAACCAAAAAAUGCACAAAAAUAAAAUACAGAUGGCAAUGGUACUUGAAAGAUUACACAUAAGCUCACCGCAAUGUUGUAAAUUUUAAUGGUGUCUGUUAUGGCCUGCAUAAUUCUUGAUCAGUAAAAAUUAUUUGCAAUGUAUCCUAAGGGAGUAAGAGACUUAAAAAGGCAAAUUUAGGAAAACUUUAUCCAGUCAUUUUGCUGAUAGCUUGAAAAGGAAAAUGGAAUUUGUGACAUCACACCGACAACUGGGUGCUACUGCUUCAGCCUGAAAUUUGAGAAUAGAACUUUCAGCUUCGUUUUGUCUUUCAAUAAUGAGCCCAUGAUCGUGAAAUUAAUGACAAUAGAUUUCUUGAAGAAUAAUUUGUCAGUCUUACGUCCCCUUGGUACAUAAGCUUUCUAUUGAGUUAACUAUAUAAAUUAUCAGUGUUUUGCCAAAUUUGAUUUAUUGCUGUCACAAAAAUCUUUAUGUAGGCAGGUUCAUUCUAAACCACUCUUGGGUAUUGCAGACUUUGGGGGCGUUGCUCAUGCUUCUUUGUUCGCCUUAAAUGUUUGUUUUAGCAUUACCAUACCACGAUUGUUAAGUGGUACACUUGUUAUCAGAUGAGUUGUGCAAAUUGUGUAUAUCCUAGUAAUAGCCAAGCUCCCUUUAACGGUGCAGUUUAAGUUAUCUGAUAACAAUAAAUGCGAGUUUGUUGCUUUGAGCCAGGUCACGACAACUACAUUUGGCAGAAGCACUCGUUAAAAAAUCUGAGAUAGUCGGUCUUAUACUGGAGUCCUGCCCAACAGUGUCACUCAAAUCACUCAAAUCACGCGCUUUUAAACAUGAGGUGAGCUAGAACUGAAAAAGCGUAAAUCAGGCGCAAAUCACAUACUUCAGAAACAUACGGCCAUUAGUAUGUUAUGUAGAGUGGUAGUCCACAUAACUGCUACAUAACAAGUAGUCUGUUCAUUUUCUUGGCAGGAGGAGGUCAGUGUUGCCAAUUUCAUGUAAUUUUUUGGGGUACCUGGGCCACUCUCACUGGGAACAGAGUUAUUAACUUGAGAAGCAAGCCAAUCAUGUUUGUUCAUUCAGUCUGACUUAGUCCAGCAAAGUUGAGACACAUCUAAUUCGCAUAAAGAGGACAUUGGAUGAGGCCAGGAAACAGACACGGCGCGGUGUCCCAUCUGUUUCUUGGCCUCAAUCGAAACUUUUUUUUGCUUUAAUUAGACACGUUUCAAGUCUGCAAAUUGAACCAACUAGCCCCACUUUGCUCUCGAAUAGUUUAUCAAGUUUUCAUUUAAAAAAAAUAGUGGCACCGCAACACCUGAGCAUUAACUUGCUUGCCUUCUUCUUGGAGGCGUCGCGGUAAUAAACAGCUCUUUGGAGAUUUUGCUGAAUGCAUAAAUACACGUUCAGGAUAGUUGGUGCUCAACAGCUUACACUUAUUGACCUCACUUCUCACGUAUCAUGUUGCAUUUCCUGUCCAACAUUUUUGGCGUACAUAAUUCAUUGCUUUCGGUGAACCAAAGAUAGCAAGCACGGAGUGUAACAAAUGUCACCGGUUGCUUGAGGGAAUUCGUGAGCUUCCCUGGACUGCAUUGCUAUGCCACUUCAAAACAUUCCACAAAGCACAUUGCUUUACGGCCUUCGAUCAUUAAUUCGCUUUGCCACGUAUGGUGAUGCACCGUCCGAUCGAAGAGCUCUUGAACAAACUCUCAGAGCAGUGAACAGUGGCAGCAUCCCCUCCCCCGUCCCUGAAAUCGAUGACAUGCCCGCAAGCUGACACUUUGCUUGAGCAAACUUCUGCCUAAACAAACAACUGCGCGAAAACGCCUAAGGUUUGUUUAGGUGAGGAUUUUCACCUCGCAAGAAAGCUACUAAAGGUUGAAGGAGCAUUCAUGGAUGCAUGCUUUGAAAAUUCAGUCAGAAUAUUGUGAACCCUGGUCCCUUAAUCAGAAAAGCAUGGCAAUACAAGUAAAUCAAACACUUCGUUCGUGUUGCAGAAAGCUAGUGAGUGAGGUUCUCUUUCUUACUUUUUUGUUGGGGAGGGAGAGAAGUAGUACGUACUUGCUGUUUGGAUAGUUGGUGCGUGUUCAAUAUUAAUAGAUUUCAUGUUGUAUAAUAAUGGGUUUAACACCGAAAGUACAACCACGGAUAAGGGCGGACGUAUAAGUAGGCAAGACGGGUGCUCAACUGUUCAAUUCUUUCAACUCUUCAUUUUUUGCCAACAGUGAGCAUAUAUGACAUAUUUUUCAUAAACACGCGUGCAGCGUGCAUGUUUUUUUGCCUUGCUCGAUGCUGCAAAUACUAAGUGUUUGUUGGCAAUGGCAGUGAAAAGCAAGGCUAUGAACGCAUUAUGAAAAAUAUUUUUUAUUUGCUUACUGUCUGUGAAAAAUGAACAGCUGAAAAGGAACCUCAGUCCUGUCUAGAUUUACAUCCUCCCCUUUCUGUGGUUGUGAUUUUAGUGCUGGGAGGGUUGGGGGAGGGAAGGAGAUCUUUCUUUUUUUUUUUUUUCUUAUCCUCUCAAGCACCUCACAUGCUGUCUUUGCAUAUACUAGCAUUCUCAAUUGCUGAAAGCUCCUCUCCUCAAGCGGUGUCGUUAGUGUGUCAAGGCAUCGCAUUUCUGCCGCCUCACUGUGCACAAAAAUACCGGUUCUGUCGGCCGCACACUGCAAUAUGAGGACUCGACCGGGUGCAACGACAUCGAUUCUCCACAACCACCAGAGUGCCUCCGUAUGUUUCUAAGUGACUUUGCGGACUUCUUUAUUCAAAACGGGGUUGGAGGGCGAGAGUGACCGCCUGCUCGCCGACCCCGCAACGCCUUGCUUGCUCAGGCCAGAGGGGCAUCCCAGCGGCGAACUGGCCAACGUUUUUGUGGUGGAAACCAAGGAAAUGCGGGGCAGCGCUAUGUCGUACGAACUGUGCGCACCGCUCCGUGGCCAUCGCCCGUGUAGUCUUGUCAUUAUUUUUGUUGCUUGAGAGUAGCAGCGUGAAUGGAGCAACCUCUUUUUUGUUUUCUCUUUUAAUGGAGGAUGUUUGUUGCUGGCGUUGUCACUGUAAUUAGAAAUGGACGAGCCAGUUUCUUGUUCCAGAGAGUUAGUAGCUCUCACUCAGGAAUCAUGUCAUCCUUUCCGCGCACCAUUUAUAUACACUGCGCGAACUGUUGGAAAACAUGUUUCUUGUGUUAACGACUGCAGCUGCAACGGCCUGCUUCACCCGAAAUUAUAGGAGCGUCAAGCUUACCUCAAUCCUCGUGCAAUAUUUUAUAAAAGAUUUUUGAGAAGAGGGAUUGUUCAGGCACUCGAUGAUGUUUCAAGUGUUGGGCUGGAAGAGCCUUAGUUGGAUGUAUUACUUCACCACUGGAUGCUAAAUUCUGUCAGCUCGUGAAGACCCGCAACAGUGUUAAAGGCUUUUAGAAUGCUAAAUGCACUGUAGUAGCUGUUCUUUAUCACUUGGUAGUUGGCACUCAUGUUUAAGCAUUUCAGCGCUGCCUUAGUGCCGUAAAAUUUUACGCUAUGUGCGACUAACUAGCUCAAUUCAAGUUAUUACUUUGAGUAUGUGUUGAAAAAUCUGCGGAUGAUCUAAGUUCAUCUUUUGCCCUUCUGCUAACAGCAUCACUUGUAGCUCAUGUGUUGCUUUCAUUGAAGUUCCAUUAGUCAGCUGAACAACCAUUACAAUUUUACCUGCUGUGGAAUUGUUUCAGUUGCCGUAAGUGCAAAACUUGCGUUCGGGCUUUUGGGAGUGGGCAACCUACGGGUUGUCAGCUGUCGGAUAGCCUGUUUUAUGUUCCAUAUUUAAUACAGAUGCGCAUAUUUCAUUACUUACCUUUGUUUACACGGGAGCACUGCCACGCCUUUCUUUUUUUUUUUCAUUUUGAGUGAAGCAGGCUGACGCAGACAAAAGGAGAGGCGAUCACAUGCCGUGCUGGUGUGCGAAAUCUUAAUAUUGUCUGUAGCAUUAGCAUCUUUUUUAUACAGAACUGUAUAUUUCUGGUGUGGUGGCAAAAACUUUGCUGUAGACCUGUCGAAGGCCAGCACGUGGGCCCAGCGCUGCACCGGCGAGUGAAGUGCCGCGUUUCUGUUCCAUACUCACGUAGGUAUUGACACAGUACACAUACUACGCUGUUAUUUGUUGCAAGGCUGUUGCGUAGGUGUAACGACAAAAGAAAAAGACAAGGCAGUCAAUGUGGUUCACCUUCUGCUGCUUUCGAGGAAUCGAAAACGUCACUGCUACAUAUCAAAGCAUAGCCAACGCGCGAUGAUCUCUUUAUGACUUCACUGUUGCAGCUGUUGUUUAUUGCAUUACGCUGGCGUGAUGGAUCUUAAUGUUUAGACCUCAGAAUCGGCUGCCUCGUUGGAGUGCGCAGUGCAUGUUAUUGGUUUUCGAGGCACUGCGAAAUAUCAAGGUGUUGCAUAAUAGCAGUUCCCUCUACUCGUUCCUUUUUUAUUGUCAUCGUUGCAAGUUUAUGAGGCCUUUGAGAGCCUCAUUUUAUUGUCAUAACUGAGCAGCAUUUUACUGAAUGUUACAGCAGCAUUUUGUCACACUUUCAUUUGCCUUCUGUAGCUUGCGACUUGCUGAUGCCAUGAUGUGCAGCUAGUGGGUGCUUAUCGUCUGUGUUUAUCUCGCUUCAUUAACAUUUUUUUUUAUCUGUACAUCACACGUGACGUACACAUUCAUGCCAUCAUCAGCAUGCUUGCGGCGACAUGUCAUCUUUCAUGUUGAAGAGUUCUCUCCAAUGACUUGUCAACCAUGGUCUCCUAUGUUUUUAUUCUUCUCAAUCAUUGCAUUCCUAUUCUUUCUUGUUUCUUUGUGUGGUGGUUCCUGUGUGUCCUCACUACAGCCGAGCGAUUUCUCAACUAACUUUCCUAUGAUUCCAUUACACACUUUUUUACGAAUGAUUGAUGAGUCAAAAGAGUUAACUUAUUUUUUUAAAAGCUUGUCUUAAUGCAGCCUGCACAACCAAUGCACAGAAAACAUUCGGCAAUCUUGCCUUGCUUUGCUAGCUUU